GCCUCCAGACGUCGAGGCCCUGCUUGAGCAGGGGGGGUUGACACCCCAAGCCGGGCCGAGACUGUCCUGCUGCUUUCGUCGUGUGGCCGUAUUUGCCCUGCUUGGUGCUGCUGCACUUUCUGCAGUGGUGGCCGGGAAGAGGAGGAAGUUGCUUUGGUUCAGCGAGGCAGAGAGCCUUGUCGGUUUGGACGGCAUUCCAGAUGGCUGCUUCAAGCGUGGAAUGUUUUACGCGGGCCCGCACAAGCUUGAGGGAUCAACCCGCACGGUGGAGGCAACGCCGCAGGACUGCCAGUUACGGUGUGGGCGGACGUUUGCCUGCGCACAGUUUUCUUGGUGGCCGGAUGGUGGCUGCCUCCUGACUGAUGACAGCUCCGAGCUCAAGGCAUCAACUUUCAAAUGGUCCUGGACAGUUGUCGGGCCACGGAGCUGUGAAGACCUCUCUGCCUACGAUGCCCUUGCUUCUUCAGGUGACUCCUUUUGCCAGGAUGUUUCCUCCUACGAAGGCACCUCGGAAGGGCUCCACGACUGCAAGGCAAAGUGCGACCGCGACGGUGGGUGCAAGUAUUUCAGCAUCUGGAUGACCGGUGGUCAGCACUGGUGCCGCUUGACUGCGAGCUGUGUUGAACGAAGUCACCAGCCGGGCCACAGCAUCGGUGUCUACAAGAGGCAUCAGAUGGCAUUACCUGGCUCACCCUUCGAGGUCUCGCAGCCAUUGGCAUUGCCCUUUGCGGACUUCGACGCCUACAAGGGGGUCAAUGGAACUAGUUGUGAUGCUUACCCCGCGUGCCGCGCGGCAGGUCUCGCUGGCAGGUGCUGUCCCAAUCAUGAGAAGGUGACGUUGUCCUGCUGCAACGGCCCGCCUCCAGCACUACCUGGCCACGAAGUGAAACCUGUGGUGCCACGCAGGCAACAUCCGAGUGUGACAUCACGGUGA